AUGCCUCUAACAAAGCGAGCUUUGCUCAUUGCGAGCCCGUUUGGCGGCCUUCAAGGACCGGAGCAUGAUGUUGAAACCAUGACAAAAGCUCUACAAAUCAAUGAUUUUAAUGAUAUCACAAAAUGUGUCGCAGCUGAAGCGACUCGGGAUAAUAUUUUGGAGAAGUGGAGGGAAUUGAUCGACCGCACGAUGCCAGAUGACGCUAUCGUAUUUUAUUACUCAGGGCACGGUGCUUUGGCCAAGCCACACAGCCCUGUAAGUGACAACGGCAUCCAGUCAAAAUCGUUGCAGUUCAUCGUCCCGAUGGACUAUGACAAAAGCAAUGCCAAAGACUUCAGAGGCAUCUUUGAUAUCGAGAUUUCGCACUUGCUUUGGCGGGUUACGACGAAGACACACAAUGUUACGGUAAUUCUCGACUGCUGUCAUUCCGGCCGGAUGGCUCGAAAUCCAAAGCUUGGUUCUCACUCGUCGCCAAAGUUUCUUACAGAAAUCCAGUAUCGCGACGAUGUCGAUGAGAUUGAGGGCAAGUUGCAACACAAUUUUCGACUUGAGGGUGAUGGCGAUGGCCACCCUAAUGGCAACCCUUUCACGGUCCGAAUCGUCGCAGGUACGCAGGGCGAAACGGCUUGGGAACAUAAGGAUCAAGAAGGUAGAUGGCAGGGUGCGUUGACGCGAGCUCUUGGGAUAGCACUAGAGGAAGCGGCCGGGAAAGACAUAUCCUGGCACACGACUAUGAUCCGCGUUCGCGAUGCCCUUGCAAUAAGUAACUGUCCGCAACAUCCAGAUGCUGAGGGUCGGAGUAAGCGUAUUCAUUUCACCCUCGAAGAAACCGACCCAGGCGUCUUCAGCUUUGUUAUAAAAGGCAAAGUAGUCACGAUCAAGGGGGGCAGGGUCGCUGGAUUUGCUAAGAAUGACAUAUUCGCCCUUUUUCCGCACGGCCGCGAAUCGAAAGCUCCGUGGGUUGCAAAAGCAAAGCUUUCGAGUGUAGACGUCUUCGAUUCAAUAGGCGAUAUCAUUGAGACGGGAAAUGGCGAAGCAUUACCAGAGCGUGGUAUUGCGAUCUUGAUCGAAAGAGUAUUACGGCCAUCACCAAUAAAAAUACCGGUAGAGAUGAUUGAUUUGAAGAAAGCUGUUGGGAGUUCCAAGUUUCUACGAGUCGGAACGCAAGACGAGACGGAAAGGAUACCCUCUGUGAGACUCGAAAAAGACGGUGCCUCGUUGUACGACGAAGGUGGCAUUGGUAUUGAGAUAUUCUGUUCACCCUUCGACCAAACGGGUGAGAUUAUAGGUGCUGCCGAAAAACUGACACGAGCAAAGCUGUUUCGGGGCCUAAGACCAAACAAUGGGGAGAGGCUCUCGCACGAUCUUGAACUGCAUUUUAAAGUUGUAGUACCAGGUAACCGACGAGCAAUUUUUCCAAGUGGAGAGUCACAUAUCUCCGAGGACGAAACGGCUUGUAUUUGGCUAGUCAAUAAGGGAAAACGCACCUUGUACGUUAACAUCUUCGAUAUCAAUGUCGCUGGUCAGAUCUUUCUAAUCAACGUGGAUAAUCCUGGCGGCAUUGAGGUUGAAGGGCAGUCAACCUAUAUCUAUGGGCAAAACAGGCAAGGUGAAGCUGAAGGCGAGGCUUUCUCCUGGCCAGAUAGUGUUCCUAUCUGCGAAGCUAUUUCUGAAUCUCUCCUUUUCAUUGUAACAGAAAACAUCAUAAACCUUCAACAUGUGGAAAGUCCUGGAAUGAUUGGACGUGGCGAAACACCAAAGUCGACUCUGGAGGAUCUGACAUUCCAGAUUGCGUGCGGAGGAGCGCGGAAUUAUGGGCAGUCUCGUCGGCAGGUUGCUCUUAUUCGCUUCGAUGUUAUAGAAAUACCCUUCACCCUUCACCCACGAACCUGUACCGGAGAGAUGGUGCCUGAUCCACAGAAGUGCGAGGAGUGGCCAAAAACGCUCAAGAGUUGGCCAGAGAUUGAUGAGACUGCUGCAAAGGGAUUCUUUGGUGCAGUAUUACGAGCAGGCCAUGGAAUCCCUCCCUGUAUUUGGGUUACGAAUAAAUAUACCGAACAGAUCACCGUCGUUGUGUCUAAACUUCGACCAAGUCGACUUUGGACAGGCUCUGAACUGAACGUGUCUGCUACUGGUGGAGGAGUCACUUUUUCUACAGAGGUACGCCGCCCAUGGUCCCUGCUGCAAAUAACGCGUUUACUCAAUGCUCACAACGCUCUCAAACAGACUUAUGCACUUCCUACAACCAAAAAGACACUGGGGCCAUACACAAACGGCCAAAGUCCUGUGACAGCAACUUUUCCUCUAUGGAACAGGAAGGAGGGCUGUGGCGUAGUCUGUGUCUACCUUGGAAAAGAGGAGCGAUGUUUCAUCAUGAAUGAUCAAGUGCCGAUAGGAGGAACUGCUGUCUUCACGGGUCAGCCCGAUAUGGAGAUUAUUGAAUACAAAGAGCUCAAGCGUUAA